AUGAAGUUAGCUCAAACUGUUUUAUUAUCAUUAUUGGCUGUCGUUUCCUCAGUUGAAGCUGGUUGUUCUUUUGUUAGUGGUAACUACUACUGUGACCAAACAGAAGCUAUUGUCUACCAAAAUGUUGGUUACAAAGGUUCAUACCAAGAUGUUACCAACAUGGAUGAAAGCUCAUGUCAAUGUUCUCAAGAAUCAACAUCAAUCUCAGGUACCAAUGCUCCAUUAGAUGAAGAAUUAUCUGUCCAUUUCAGAGGUCCAUUAAAAUUAUUACAAUUUGGUGUUUACUAUCCAGGUUCAGGUUCUUCAUCAAACCAAAAAAGAGAUGAAGGUGCUGAAGAUUGUACCACCACUAGACAUGUUCAUCACGCUCAUAAAAGAGAAGCUGCUACCAAAGUUGUUGAAGUUACUCAAACUGUUUUCGUUGAUGGUAAUGGUAACUUAGUCACUUCAGCUGCCACUCAAGAAGCCGAAGCUACCUCAAGUGCUCAAGAUCAACAAUCAACUGAUCAACAACCAACCGAAGUCGUUGAUAAGAAAGUUCAAUCAUCAACUUCUGCUCAACAAGAACAAGCUUCAUCAUCUCCAUCUUCAACUACUACCUUACAAUCUUCAUCUGCUGAUUCAGGUGCUGGUUCAUCAUCAUCAUCAUCAUCAUCUUCUCCAUCAUCAUCAUCUUCAAGUGGUUCAGGUUCUUCAAGUGAUUGGGAAAGAGUUGCUUACUACUCACCAGGUAGUACCAACAAUGUUACUUUCAUGAACUACAAAGGUGGUUCAGGUUCAGGUACUUGGUCAUCAUGUUUCGGUAACUCAAUCUCUUAUGCUGCUUCAAACGGUAAAGAUGGUGCUUCUAGUGCUGAAGCUUUAGAUGAAAUUACUUUCAAAUCAGAUGAAGAAUUCAUGAUCUUCUCAGGCUCAUCAUGUUCUGAUAAAUCAAAAGGUGACUGUGGUUACACAAGAUCAAAAAUUCCAGCUUUCCAUGGUUUCGGUGGUGCUUCAAAAAUCUUUGUUUUUGAAUUUGAAAUGCCUCAUGAUUCAUCAUCAUCUGGUGCUUCAAACCCAGAUAUGCCAGCUAUUUGGUUAUUAAAUGCUAAAAUUCCAAGAACUUUACAAUAUGGUAACUCAAAAUGUUCAUGUUGGUCAACUGGUUGUGGUGAAUUAGAUUUAUUUGAAGUCUUAACUGAAGGUCAAGAAAAAUUAAUUUCUCACUUACACGAUGGUCAAGGUAACGAUGGUUCAUCAUACGGUGGUGGUGGUUCUCAAGAUUACUUCCAAAGACCAACUUCUGGUUCAUUCAAAGGUGCUGCUAUCUUCCAAGAUGAUGGUACUAUUCACGUUGUCGAAGUUGAUGAUGAUUUCUCUUCAGGUUUAUCUAAAUCAACAGUUUCAAACUGGAUCAACAAAUCAGCCUCUACUGCUCAAUUACAAGGUUAA